AUGGAGAGCACUUGGAGGAUUUGUGUUUGUUUGUACUGCUGCUUGCCCUGGCUCUCUGCUGGCACGCAGUGCUCGCCCCGUUCCCGAGGCCGGGGGGGCUCUGCGGAGGCCCCUGGGGUUUUGGGCGCUCCUGAGGCUGCUGCCAGCCAGCUCAGCGCGGGGCUGCAGCUGCCCCAAGGUGCGGCACCAGCCCAUGCCCUCCUGCCCCCCCUGCUCAAGGUGCUGCACGACCGCGGUCCCCGGGGCUGGCACAACGAGGCGCCGCGGCUGCAGCCGGACUCCAGGGCCCUUCGGUACAUGAAGAGGCUGUACAGGAUGUCUGCCACCAGGGACGGCAUCCCCAAGGCGCAGCGAGGCCGCCUCUAUAACACGGUGAGGCUCUUCACCCCGUGCUGGGAAUGCGAGCACAGCCCCGCGCACCUGGGCAAAGGAGAUGCUCACUCGGUGGAUUUACUCUUCAGCUUGGAUCGUGUUACUUCUCUGGAGCACUUACUCAAGUCUGUCUUGCUCUAUUCCUUUGACACAUCUGUUCCCAUUUCCUCUUCCAUUACCUGCAUAUGCCAUUUAUCCCUUAAGGAACAUGAUUUUUCCAGCCAAGUUUGUCCCAGCAUUUCCCACUCUUUAGCUUUUAGCCUGCACUUUGACGUUAGGAAACGCAAAUGGGUGGAGAUGGAUGUGACUUCUUUCCUCCAGCCUCUGAUUGCUACGAACCGGAGGAACGUGCACAUGGCUCUGAACUUCACUUGUCUGAUGGGUGACCCAAGAGGGAGCACGAAACUGGGAAACGCUGUGAAUGUGACACUGGUUCCCCCUUCCCUUCUGCUCUAUCUGAAUGACACCAGCGAGCAAGCUUAUCACCGGGGGAGCUCAGUGGGGCACGGGAGGAAAAGCAGCAGCCCGCUGGUGGAUCCUCCAAGGGGUGACCAAGGCAAUCCCCAGGGUAAAAGGGCCUCUCGCCAGCGAAGGAAUGAGCAUCCCAAAGCGGCCCCAGCCUCCUCACCCCAUAACCUGAGCGAGUACCUGAAGCAGUUUGUGUUCCCUCAGCACGAGUGCGAGCUGCACAACUUCCGCCUGAGCUUCAGCCAGCUGCGCUGGGACCGCUGGAUCAUCGCCCCGCACCGCUACAGCCCGCAGUUCUGCCGGGGGGACUGUCCCCGCGCCCUGGGCCAGCGCUACGGCUCCCCGGUGCACGCCAUGGUGCAGACCCUCAUCUACGAGCGCCUGGACCCCGCCGUGCCCCGGCCCUCGUGCGUGCCCGCCGCCUACAGCCCGCUCAGCGUGCUGACCAUCGAGCCCGACGGCUCCAUCGCCUACAAGGAGUACGAGGACAUGAUCGCCACCAAGUGCACCUGCCGCUAG